UCAAUCAAAUGAAUCAAACUUCCUCCAAAAAAUUAAAAAAAGAAAUUCCCGAAUUUCUAAAAUUAAAAUUUCUUAUUAAAAAAAAUAAUAAUAAAAAAAUGAGUUCAGUAAAAAGCAGAGCAUGGAUAAUAGUAGCAGCAGUAGAAGGGAUGAAAAAUCAAGGUUAUGCAAAGUGGAAUUAUGCAGUAAAGUCAGUUAAUCAACAUGUUAAGAAUAAUAUUAGAUCUUAUUCUCAAGCUAAAAAGCUUUCUGGGUCUUCUUCUUCUGUUAUUUCUCAGAAUUUUAGGGAUGAGAAAUUGAGAGAAUCUGAGGAAUCUCUUAAGAAAGUUAUGUACUUGAAUUGCUGGGGUCCUUCUUAAUCUUGUAUUUGUAUAAUCUUGAUUGUAUAUUUGUUAUAUAAAUAGUGUUUAAUCAAGUUUUUUUGGUCUCA